AUGAACCUUCGACUUUGGUGGGCUGCCGUCGUCGACGCCAUCGGAAACAUUAACGAUCUCGAUGACCGCAAGAUGUUGCUGGAGCAUGUCCUUACCAUCUUAUCCACCAAGAUGCCAGCAGGUACGAUACGCACAAGGAUUGAGAACAAGACCAUCCAGCUGCUCUACAACGAUCUCGCCCAUCCUCCGGCGACUCUCAUUGGUCCCAAGUACGCGAGAAGGGCUGCAGAUGGCUCGGGAAACAAUAUCGACAUACCUGAUAUGGGGAAGGCCGGGACGCCUUACGCUCGUUCUGUUCAGCAGACGCACCCCCUCCCUCGCAACACACUUCCAGACGCUGGAUUGGUGUUUGAUACUCUCUUAAGGCGUGACGAAUUUGUGCCACAUCCCGCCGGCCUGUCAUCCAUGAUGUUUGCCUUCGCUGCCCUCGUUAUUCAUACCGUCUUCCGUACUUCCCAUAAGGAUGUCAACAUCAAUGAAACAUCUUCCUACUGUGACCUUGCGCCACUCUACGGUCAUGACCAAGAGAGUGGUGACAAGCUUCGAGUGCGAGACGGACGUGGUCUCCUUCUGCCCGACACAUUCGCCGAAGACAGAUUGAUGCUCCUCCCUCCGGCCGUCUGUGUGUUGUUGGUCCUGUUCAGCAGGAACCACAAUUACAUUGCCAACAAGUUGCUCGAGAUCAACGAGCGUGGGACUUACCAGGACCCCGAUUCUAUUUCCGAGGAUGACCCUCAGAGAAUGCAGAAGCUCCUCGAGCAAGAGGAGGACAUCUUCCAAACUGCUCGUCUCAUCAACUGUGCUUGGUUCGGCACGGCGCUCUUCGCUGACUACUUUGGAAGUAUCUUGGGCCUUGUGCGCUCGGGGAGCAAAUGGUCGCUCUCGCCAUUCGGAGAAAUGAGAAAGGAGGACCAUUCGCUUUUCGAGAGGGGACGUGGGAAUGUUUGUAGCGUCGAGUUCAACUGUCUUUAUAGGUGGCAUGCUACGACGUCUGAAGCGGAUGAGAAGUGGGUGACGCAGUUGCUGGGACAUAUUUUCAACGACAAGCCAGUCGAAGAGCUUGGGGUAAAGGACUUCUUGGAAGCUACUGCGAAGAUCAAGGAACAGGAGCCUGACGUAGGUCACUGGACUUUCGGAGGCAUGCAGCGACAAGAAGACGGGAUGUUCAAGGACAGUGAUCUCGCGUCCAUUCUGAAGAACGCGAUGGAGCACCCCGCUGCGGCAUUUAAGGCUCGGGGUACUCCUGAGAUCAUGAGGUUGCACGAGAUCAUGGGAAUAGAGUCGAACAGGAGGUGGGGUGUUUGCAGUUUGAAUGAGUUCAGGAAGUGGAACCCCGACGCCGAGAUUGCUUACGCCGCCGAGAAGUUGUAUGGAGAUAUUGAGAACCUCGAGCUCUACGUUGGUCUGCAGGCGGAACAGGCGAAGCCCCUCGUCGAUGGCGCAGGUCUUUGUCCAGGCUAUACUAUCAGUCGUGCGAUUCUCAGUGACGCGAUAGCUCUCACUCGUGGCGAUCGGUUCUUCACGGCAGAUUAUACGCCUUUCAACAUGACUGCGUGGGGCUUCGCGGACUGUCAGAGAGACCCAGAAGGUCCCGGUAAUGGAAGUAUCGUAGGGAAGUUAUUGAUGAGGGCGCUUCCGCAUGAGUUUGGGGAGAACAGUACCUACGCCUGGUUCCCCUUGCAGACUCCCGAGUCCAUAAAAGGUUUCCUCGCCAAGCUCGGACAAGAUCACCGAUACAACUUUUCCCGUCCCGGUGACCCUCCAGUCAUUGGGCUGGUGAAUGAGUACCGCGAUGUCGAGGCAGUGUUGAAGAGCCAGAACUUCAAGCAGCCUUAUGCGAAGAUUGUUACGGGGAUCAUCAAGGACAAUGGGUCCGUCUUGCCAUUCUCUUUCUUUCUUUUCCCCUCUAUCGGAAUGAAUGGGAUGGUUCAAGCUGAAUAUAUGUCUCGUGCGACUAGAUUCUUCAUCGCGUCCGGCGAUCCCGCGCGGGGUGAACGCGACCAGCGCGAAGUCCUCCGGGUACUCACAGCCGAAGAGGGCUCUACAAACACAAUCGCGAUGUCAUUCUAUCAGACGACGAAAGCGGUGAUCGACGAGAAGUCGUUUACAUUGUCGGAUAAGCGAAUCAAGAACGUGGAUAUUGUGGACGCGUUGAGGUUUAUUCCGAUCAGAUGGGUUGCGACUGAGAUUGCUGGCUUCACGUUGAAGACUCAGCAUCAGUCCGGGCCUUACACGGAGGGCCAGUUGUUCGAUAUGUUGACCGACAUCUAUACGUACUUCUUCCUCGACGUCGACCCCUCGAAGGCAAUGAUGCUUGAAGAACGAGUGAAGAAAUAUGUCGACGAGUUACAUCGUUCCAUCAAGGAGCAUGUGGUGUUCCAUGCCGGUGGAGGGCUUUCGCUCGUUGAAGGCGUGGCGGAGUCUAUUCAACAUCUGUUCUCCGGUUCGAAGACCAAGAAGAAGACUCUCCCACUGGCGGAGAAGUUGUUCGAGCAGGGGAGGUCGGCCGAUGAGGUUGCGAAUAAUAUCCUAGCGCUGAUGGUAGGGGCCACGGUUGAGCUUUCUCAGAGCCUCAUUAGCGUCGUCAAUGUCUACCUGGACGACAAGAACACGCCGUCGUUGGAAGCCCUCAACGAUCCGAAGAACGUAGCGCAGCUGUCCGCGUAUUUCUGCGAGGCCUUGAGGGUUGACCCACCUUUCCGUGGUGUCUGGCGUGAGGCCCUCCACGGUGAGACUGUCGGUGCGGCUAGGAUCGAAGGGGGUCAGAAAGUCUUUGUGGAUAUUGCCCAUGCGGGCAUGGACGCGACUGUAUUUGCUGAGCCGAAGUCGAUUGAUCUGAAUCGUGAGAUGAAGAAGUACUUGAUUGGGGACGGCGCGGUCAGAUGUCUCGGUCUCGACAUCACGAUGAAGAUCAUGAGCCAAGUUCUCCGAGCUGUCUUCGAAUAUGACCACCUUCGUCGUGGACCUGGUCAGUCGGGCAAGUUAAAGAGGUACAGGACGAACGCGGUCAAUACUUUGAGGUAUGAGUAUUUGGGCAAGGACCAUCUGCCGACGCCGUGGGCGACUUCGAUGAUCGUUCAGUACAAUGUUGAGCUGAAGUCGAAUGAGAAGUGA